AUGGCAAGCCCCUUAAAGCGCAAAGCAGACCAACCAGCAGCUUCUACCGCAGCCAAAAAGCAGAAAGUAGUAGUACCGGAGUAUCAUACAGCACCUCAACGGCGCGAUGAUACUGGUGAGAUAGUGUGGCCAGCCCGGCAAGAGCAAAUUGAACGAGCGCGAGAGAUCAUCAGAGAAUGUGCUCAAGCACAGAAACCAAUAGUCAUAUUGCCUGACAAGGAUGCAGAUGGUUUGUCGUCCGGAGCGAUUUUGCAUCACACGCUCACUUCACUCGGACUUCGGCCUGAUCUAAUAUCUGUAUACUUUCCGCCCAAAGGAUCGAACGUGCAUGAUGAUACCACUAAUCAGGCGCUCACCGAGAUAGCCCCAUCGUACGUUUUUGUGCUAGACCAAGGAAGUAGAAAAGGUGCUGCACUGCUGGACUUGCCUCACACGUGUCUGCUAGUCGAUCACCACUUUGCAGAAGAUGGGGGCUUUCCAGAAGGCGCCGAAUAUGUCACUGCACAUGACUGUCCGCCUGUUGCGACUACCUCACUCCUGAUCUACCACAUCUGCCUGCCCCUGCACCCUGAUCUUGACGACAAAAUCUCAUGGCUCGCAGCAAUGGGCACCCAUGGCGACCUGGGAACGACACUGAAAUGGGAGCCACCAUUCCCUGAUAUGACCGCAACAUUUAAGCAGCAUACUAAGAAAGCAAUCAACGACGCGGUUGGACAAGUCAACGCACCAAGACGAUCCGCUGCUUACAAUGUCAAAGAUGCAUGGGAUGUUGUCAUCAAUGCAUCAGGUCCAGACGUCAUCAGAAAAGCAGAGAAAUUGCAAGAGGCUUCGCUGGAAGUGCGUCGCGAGACUGAGCGCUGCACGCACACGGCGCCCAAGUUUUCUGCCGACGGUACCAUAUGCGUCCUCACGAUUUCGUCAGAGGCCCAGAUUCACCCCGUCAUUGCAACCCGGUGGGCUGGUCAUCUCAAGUCCAACAAACUCGAGAUUGUCAUGUGCGCCAACGAAGGGUAUUUAACCGAUAAGGUUAAUUUCUCAUGCCGCGUUGCGAGAGUUGCCCGAGGCCGCGGGGGUGACGAAAAAGUAGACAUUAUCAAGAGAUUGGAGGGCAUUGUCAAGGAUCACCCAGAGCUGAGGGAAAGACUUGGGCAAAGCUUUGCAAGAGGUCAUAAGGAGGCCAGCGGCGGGAUUGUUGGAAAGAAGGAGUGGGAGGAGCUGAAGGCCAUCAUUGGUCUGGACGACAGCAUGACGAAGAAGAAGAAACUGGAGAAAGAGAACGGUGUAGUGGGCACUCCGAAAAAACUGCCAGCGCAGAAGAACACUCUUGCGAAUUACUUUGCCAAAGCCUGA